AUGGACAGUGGAACCAAAACAUUAGUUACCUUCCUCCUGCAUCAACCUUCUACCAAGUUUAUCCGCCUACAGUUUGUGGAUCUAUCAGGAAUUCUACGCACCCGAAUCAUCACCACACAGCACUGUCUGGAUAUGAUCGCAAAAGGUCAGCACGCUACAGUGGGUGGGAAAAGCAUGCUUUUCUCCGUAACUGAUAAGACUUCAUCCAUUGUGCCAUCUGUGGGGUUGUGCGAACUCCACCCAGACUGGCGGUCCCUCCGAGUUUGCGGGUACGCGCCAGGACACGCGGUAGUUAUGUGUUGUGUAUACGACAAAUAUUUCGAGGAGGAGCCCUUUCAUCUGUGUCCAAGACGAAAGCUUGCAGACUUCGUGGUAGAGUGCGAGGUCUCACAAAGCAAAAAGUUUCUCGUCGGUUUUGAGGUAGAAUUUGUGCUCUUAGAUCCUUCCGGAGAGCCUCCGCGGACUGUGGACCCUAUCAACGCAUGGUCCGUUACAAGCGGACUCCGUGGGGAUACCCUGGAACUCAUGGAAGAAUGUGUUGAAGCCCUACAAGCUUCGGGUAUAUCAGUUCUUCAAUUUCACACAGUCGAACCGAAUCAGCUUCAAAUAGCCACAGGUCCCUUGAGCCCACUUGACGCAAUUGAUGCUUUGAUGCAUGCAAAUGAAUGCAUUAAACAUGUUUCUGUGAAACACGGUCUGCGGGCGACGAUGGCACCCAAACCACUAAGAGAAGAUCUUCACACAGCUACUCAUGCGCAUGUAUCCAUUCAUCCUCCGAGCGGGCAGGAGAACUUUCUCGCAGGUAUUCUGAACAGCCUUCAAACACUCUGCGCUUUUGGAUUGCCAUCAUAUGACAGUUAUUCUCGCGUUACUGAGCUGCGAAAUGCUGCAGGGGCCCGGGUCGCUUGGGGCACAGAGAAUCGUUAUGUGCCGAUAAGAGCAAUUGAAAAAGCCCGAUGGGAACUUCGGUACCUUGAUACAACAGCGAACUUUUAUCUUGCAUUGCUUGCAUCCCUCUCGGCUGGGAUGCAGGGCUUAAAAGAAAAGAUGCCUCUUCUGUGGCAUGACUGUCAACAAAACCCUUCACAACUGACGGAGAGCGAACGCAGAGAACUCGGAAUUGUGAAGCAAUUACCCAAAAGCAUGAGAGACACUAUCGAGAUGUUAAAGGAGUCAAAAAGUUUAGAUGAGGUGCUGGGUGAGACUUUGAAAUCCAACUACAUUGCCAUGAAAGAGAUUGAUGAAAGUGAUAUGCGUUCUUGGAGCGAGGAUCGUCGAAGGGAGUUAUUCACAGCACUGUUCUGA